UGAAACUAGGGUUUAGUUGCACUUCUCUUUUGUAGUUCGCUGCUUUGGGAGCUUAGCCGCAGGAGGGAGUCAACCAGAGACUCAGGAGAAGAAUGUCUCACAGGAAGUUUGAGCACCCAAGACACGGUUCCCUCGGGUUCCUUCCGAGGAAGAGAGCUAACCGCCAAAGAGGGAAAGUGAAGGCGUUCCCAAAGGAUGAUCCAUCCAAGCCGUGCAAGUUUACGGCCUUCAUGGGUUACAAGGCUGGUAUGACCCACAUUGUCAGAGAAGUCGAGAAGCCUGGAUCCAAGCUUCACAAGAAGGAGACAUGUGAGGCUGUUACCAUCAUCGAGACACCUCCGAUGGUGGUGGUUGGUGUUGUUGCCUAUGUUAAGACUCCUCGUGGUCUCCGUUCCUUGAACACUGUCUGGGCUCAGCAUUUGAGCGAGGAAGUCAGGAGAAGGUUCUACAAGAACUGGUGCAAGUCCAAGAAGAAGGCAUUCACCAAGUACUCCAAGCAGUACGAGAGUGAUGAGGGCAAGAAGAGCAUCCAAACUCAGCUUGAAAAGAUGAAGAAGUAUGCUUCUGUUAUCCGUGUUUUGGCCCAUACUCAGAUCAGGAAGAUGAAGGGUUUGAAGCAGAAGAAGGCACACCUGAUGGAGAUCCAGGUCAACGGUGGAAACAUUGCCCAGAAGGUGGACUUUGCUUAUGGUUUCUUCGAGAAGCAGAUCCCGAUCGAUGCUAUCUUCCAGAAGGAUGAAAUGAUUGAUGUGAUCGGUGUUACCAAGGGUAAGGGGUAUGAGGGUGUUGUUACCCGUUGGGGAGUGACCCGUCUUCCCCGUAAGACUCACAGGGGUCUUCGUAAGGUUGCUUGUAUCGGUGCCUGGCAUCCGGCUAGAGUGUCCUUCACAGUAGCAAGGGCUGGUCAGAAUGGUUACCACCACCGUACUGAGAUGAACAAGAAGAUCUACAGGAUCGGCAAGGCCGGCCAGGAAACUCACUCGGCCAUGACCGAAUUCGAUAGGACGGAGAAGGAUAUCACACCAAUUGGAGGAUUCCCCCAUUAUGGUGUUGUGAACGGAGAUUACCUGAUGAUAAAGGGAUGCUGCAUGGGACCAAAGAAGAGAGUCGUGACUCUCCGUCAGUCGCUUCUCACACAGACGUCUCGAUUGGCACUCGAGGAGAUCAAACUCAAGUUCAUCGAUACCUCCUCGAAGUUUGGACAUGGUCGUUUCCAGACCACUCAGGAGAAGCAGAAGUUUUUCGGUCGUGUCAAGGCUUAAGCAAAAAGCUCCAUAUUUAUCUGUCUUUCUUUUUCCUGUUGUGUCGAAACCUUUAGGCAGAUGCUUUUCGAACAGUUCUCGUCAGUUUUGUGUUCUAAGUGUUUGAGAAUUUGGACAUCUUGCUGUCAUUUGUUUAGUGUUCAUUUGACUGCACUUCC